AUGCUUCCGUCCAAACACAUACCCGCCCACGCAAUCCCACCUCACGCUGUGCAGCGGCUGGCAAAAGCGUGGCUUGCUGAGGACACACCAAACUUUGAUCCGGCGGGAGUGUGUGUGGGAUUUCAGGAGGUGGAAGCAAGGCUGUUGUGUAAAAGUCCACAGAGCAUCUUGGCAGGAAGUCCCUUCUUUUCUGCGGUGUUCACUGAGGUUGGCUGUACUGUGGAUUGGAUUUACCAGGAUGGAGACGAAAUAGGCCCAGAUACUGUCACACUUACUGCUGUGGUACGAGGCCCGGCCAGAUGCCUCCUCCUGGGUGAAAGGCCAGCUCUAAACUGUAUUGCACGGGCCUCGGGGAUCGCCACUCGAUGUUCUCAACUCCGAAAAAUGGCAACAGCGAGAGGAUGGCACGGCCAAGUGGCAGGAACACGUAAAACGACCCCGGGUUUCCGACUGGUGGAGAAGUACGCUAUGCUGGUGGGUGCUGUGUCCAUGCACAGGCAGGACUUGAGUGGAAUGGUGAUGCUGAAGGACAACCAUGUCUGGGCUUCAGGAAGCAUCACAGAGGCUGUGAAAGGUGCCAGGUCAGUGUGUGGUUUCAGCAGUAAGAUUGAAGUGGAGUGUCGCUCCACAGAAGAGGCCGUGGAGGCAGCCGCAGCCGGAGCAGAUAUAGUUAUGCUUGACAAUUUUCAGCCACAGGCGCUCCAUCUUGCAGCUGGCGCACUGAAGCAAGAAUUCCAAGCUCUGCUGAUAGAAGCCAGUGGAGGAGUGACACCAGAAAACCUAGCCGAGUAUUUCUCUCCAUGUGUGGACAUAAUCUCCAUGGGGUGUAUUACACAAGGGUGCCCAGUUGUGGACUUUUCACUAAAGGUUCAAAAGCCCGUUUCUUAGUCAGACCUCCAUGAAGGAUUGGCACUGGAAACAUAUUGUACAUUCACAAAAAAGGA